AUGCCAUUCUGGAAAAGUAAACCUCCGCCACCACCAAAACCAAAUCAGUUACUUCCUGAAUUAAACGCAAAUGUAUUUUCAAGGAUUACAUUUUGGUGGGCUGGAAGUUUAAUGAAGUUAGGUUACAAACGCCCAUUGGAAAAAGAUGAUCUUUACGUUUUAAAUGAUGUAAGACUUGCUAAAAAUAUAAUCAGUAAAUUUGAAAAAUCCUGGGAAAAAGAGCUUACACGUAAAGAUGGUAAACCUCCAUCUUUAUUCAGAGCUCUUAAUCGUGUUUUUGGCUUCAAGUUUUGGAUGGCGGGUUUUUUCCGAUUUAUGAGCGAUACUUUACUUGUUACGUCACCUUUGAUUCUUCAGUUAAUUUUGCAAUUCGCUCAAGAAUCAUGGAUGACCAAAGAUGCUAAGGAUGCUUCACCUAAAUCUUAUUGGGGAUAUUGGUUUUCCGUAAUUCUUUUUAUCAUGCAAAUGAGUUCGACACUCUUUAUCAAUUCUUAUUUCUAUUAUUCUAUGGAAGUAGGAAUCCUGAUUAGGACUGCAUUGAUCACUGCAAUUUAUCGAAAAGCUAUGAUGUUAAGUGGAAAAGCACGUAGUAUGUUUACCACGGGAAAAGUAACAAAUAUAAUGUCAACCGAUACAACGAGACUUGAUUUUGCUUGCGGUUUUUUUCACGUGGCCUGGGCUGCGCCGAUUCAACUUUGUAUAGCUCUUGGUUUAUUAAUUAAAAAUCUUGGUCCUUCAGCUUUAGCAGGUUUUACUUUAUUAGUUAUAGUUGGUCCACUUCAAGCUAAAGUUAUGAAAACUUUGGCAAAAACACGUGGAAAAGCUUCUAAAAUCACUGAUGAUCGUGUAAAACUUACUCAAGAAGUUUUACAAGGUAUUCGAGUUAUUAAAUAUUACGCAUGGGAAGAAAGUUUUUUGAAUGCCUUGAAUAAAUUAAGAGACAAAGAAAUGAAAUAUAUUAGAUUAUUAUUGAUUAUAAGAUCUGGUAUCACUGGUGUUUCCAUGGCCAUUCCGAUGUUUGCUAGUAUAUUGACAUUCAUAGUUUAUUCGCUUACUGGAGGGACUCUUACUGCGGAUAUUAUUUUUCCUUCUUUGGCCUUGUUCAGUAUUUUAAGGUUACCUUUAAUAUUAUUACCUAUGGUGAUUACUAUACUUACAGAUUCUUCUGUAUCCAUAAAACGUAUACAAGAAUUACUCCUAGCAGAAGAGUUAGAUUCCUUACCAAAAGUUAAUCCGGAUAGUGAUUCUGCUAUUAAAGUUAUUGAUGGUGAAUUUAUUUGGGAAUCUGCACCUCCUGAAGAAUUAUCAAAAGAUAAACAAAAGAAGAAUAAGAAGAAACAUAGGAAAUCAAAGGGAUUAUCUAAAAUUGAAAAUAACGAAAAGAAUCAUGUUGAAGAAAUUAAAGAUAAGAAAGAAAAUAUAAACGAAAAAGAUAAUAAUGGGACAACUUCUCAAUCUUCUACGACUUUAACACCAAUUGAUUCCACGGAACAAAAUUCUACUACAUUUACUCCUUAUUCACACCUCCGGAACAUAAACUUUUCAAUACCACACGGUAGUCUUGUUGCUGUUGUAGGAUCGGUAGGAAGUGGUAAAUCUUCUUUGUUAUCAGCUUUAGUUGGUGAAAUGAAAAAGAUUCGCGGAGAAAUUGAAUUUGGAGGAAGUGUGGGGUAUUGCCCUCAAUCUGCUUGGAUUCAAAAUGCAACUUUGAGGGAUAAUAUUAUUUUUGGUUUACCUUUCGAUGAAGAAAAAUAUCGUCGAGUUGUUAAAGAUUGUUGUCUUGAACCAGAUUUAGCUGUAUUGCCUGAUGGUGAUAUGACUGAGAUUGGAGAAAAAGGAAUUAAUUUAUCUGGAGGACAAAAGCAACGUGUCAGUGUAGCUCGUGCAGUUUAUUAUAACGCUGACAUUGUAAUGUUAGAUGAUCCUUUAUCGGCUGUAGAUGCACAUGUUGGAAAUUAUCUCAUCACAAAUUGCAUUCAAGGCUCACUUAAAGGAAAGACACGUAUUCUUGUCACUCAUCAUUUACACAUAUUACCUCACGUAGAUUAUGUUAUUUGUAUGAAGGAUGGUGAAAUAGUAGAACAAGGAACUUAUGAAGAAUUAAUGAAAGCUGGAAACGCAUUUGCGAAAUUGAUCGAAGAGUAUGGCGAAGCUGAAGAAGAAGAAGAAGAAGAAGUAGAAGAAAUUGAUGUCAAACCAGUAAAUAAAGAUGAAAUUGAAAAGGAAAAGAGCAAAGCCGUCGAAAAAUCAUCGAAGACUUUAAUGACCACAGAGGAACGUUCAACUGGUUCUGUCGAUAAUGCUAUUUAUUUUGCUUAUAUAAGAGCCGCAGGAGGAUAUAUAUUAAUACCUAGUUUGUUAUUCCUUCUUAUAAUGAUGCAAGCCACCAACAUUGGAAAUAAUUAUUGGUUGACUGUCUGGAUAAACAAACAAUUAAACCUUUCAGAGGCAGCAUAUAUGGAAAUUUAUGUAGCAUGGGGAAUUGUUCAAAGCAUUUUCAGUGUUUUAGUUGGCAUAACCUUCUCAUAUGCUGGUGCUAAAGCUGCAAGAACGUUACAUAGAAAUGCCAUUAAAAGAGUUAUUCGAGCUCCAACUAGAUUCUUUGAUACAACCCCAUUAGGAAGAAUUAUCAAUCGAUUCAGUAAGGAUGUUGAUACAUGCGAUAAUUUACUCUCUGAAUCUUAUCGUAUGUUCUAUACUACUCUAGCAGUUGUGAUUGGAACUUUUAUUUUGAUUAGCGUCAAAUUUGUACUUUUCCUUAUUCCAUUGAUUCCGCUUAUGAUAUUAUAUUACGUGGCCGCCCUCUAUUAUCGAUCCACAAAUCGUGAAUUGAAACGUCUCGAUUCCAUUUUGCGUUCAUCUCUUUACGCACAUUUCUCUGAGACAUUAACGGGGUUACCUACUAUUCGAGCUUAUCGUGAACAAAAUCGAUUCAUAAGCAUAAAUGAACGAUUUACUGAUAUUGAAAACAAAGCAUAUUUCCUUACAGUUGUCGUCCAACGUUGGUUGGGUAUUCGACUUGAAUCCAUUGCAAAUGCUUUGAUUUUCUUUACAAGUAUAUUUACUGUUAUUGAAAGGUAUAAAGUAGAUCCUGCAAUUAGUGGUUUGGUAUUAAGUUAUGCACUACAAGUCACUGGAACUUUCAAUUGGUGUGUCAGACAAUAUGCAGAAGUGGAAGCAAAUAUGAAUGCCGUAGAACGUCUUGUAUAUUAUUCAGAUUCACUUGAUAUUGAACCUGCACCAAUAAUUCCUGAUCAUAGACCACCUCCAGAAUGGCCCGUUAAAGGAGAAGUACAAAUUAAAGAUUUAGUGAUGGCAUAUGCACCUGAACUUCCACCUGUAUUAAAGGGAGUUUCACUUGAUAUUAGUUCGGGAGAAAAAGUUGGUAUCGUUGGAAGAACUGGUUGUGGUAAAUCAACGUUAGCGACAUCUUUCUUUAGAUUUGUUGAACCUACUUCGGGAAAAAUUGUAUUAGAUGGUAUUGAUGUUACCACUAUUGGCCUCAAAGAUCUUCGAAGUAAAAUUACUAUUAUUCCGCAAGAUCCUGUUUUGUUUAAUGGAACUUUAAGGAGUAAUUUGGAUCCGUUCAAUGAACAUGAUGACGCAAAAUUAUGGAAUGCACUUCGAAGAUCUCAUUUAAUUCAGGAAGAUAAUGAUAAUGUAGAAGAACCCACCAUAACUGACAAAUCAGGAGCAUUACUUAUAACAGGAGAAACACAACCACAACAAUUUAAACCAGAGAAAUUAAGUCUCGAUUCACCAGUUGAUGAAAAUGGAAGUAAUUUUUCACAAGGACAACAGCAAUUAAUAGCAUUAGCAAGGGCAUUAGUACGAGAUCCUAAAUUAAUUAUAAUGGAUGAAGCAACAGCUAGUGUAGAUUUUAGGACUGAUUAUUUAAUUCAGACUACAAUAAGAGAAGAAUUUAAAGAUUCCACGGUAUUAACCAUAGCUCAUAGACUGAGAACUGUUGCUGAUUACGAUAAAAUUUUGGUUAUGGAUGCUGGUAAUAUAAUAGAAUAUGAUUCACCAUACAUAUUAAUGCAAAAACCUAAUGGAAUCUUUAAGGGAAUGUGUGAAAGGAGUGGUGAAUUUAAUGAAUUAUUUGAAAUCGCUAAAGGGAAAUAUGGAAGUGAUCAAAAAGUAAAGAAAGAGGAAAUUAAUAAUGAAAAGCAAGAAGUUAUAAAACAAGAAAGUGAAAUAAUAAAUUUUGAAGAAAAAUCAGAUAAUUAA